GGGCAGCAGCGGAGUUGGGUGUGCGUGUCCCUCGCUCGCCGGCCGGCAUCGCCGAGCUCUGAGCGCUUCUCGGAGCCAGCGGGCAGCGGGGCAGCGCCAUGGGGGCCGGAGGAGGGCUGGGGCUGGCGGCCGUGCUGGCGGCAGCGGUGCUGUGCGGGCCCGGGGCGCUCUGCGGGCGCGUCCUCAGCGGCCAGAAGGUGUGCUAUGGUGCCCUCAAGCACUCCUGUUACAAGUUAGCCUAUUUCCAGGACCUCUCCAGACGCGUGGGCUUCCAGGAGGCUCGCCAGGCUUGUGAGAUCGAUGGUGGGGCUCUGCUGAGCUUGGAGAGUGAAGCUGAGCAGCAGCUAAUAGAAAACAUGCUGCAAAACCUCACCAAAUCAGGCUCUGGGGUUUCUGAUGGGGAUUUCUGGAUUGGGCUGUGGAGAAGUGGCGAUGGACUGGCCACGUCGAGUGUUUGCCCUGACCUCUACCAGUGGGCUGAUGGAAGCACAUCUCCAUUCAGAAACUGGUACACAGAUGAGCCUUCCUGUGGAAGUGAAGCCUGUGUGGUGAUGUAUCAUCAGCCGACUGCAAACCCUGGUCUGGGAGGGCCAUACCUUUAUCAAUGGAACGAUGAUAGAUGCAACAUGAAGCACAAUUUUAUCUGCAAAUAUGCCCCAGAUAAUGUCUUAGAAAAAGAAUUAGGAGACAGAGCAGAGCCAGAAUACGAUAUUUUUCCAACAGUGCCAGCAGGAAAUCCUUAUGACACAAGCAAACCAGAAGAUCAGUAUCAUAUUAUUGCUACUGAAACAGGUAUAAUUCCGAAUUUAAUUUAUGUUGUAAUACCCACUAUACCACUACUGCUGUUGAUACUGGUGGCUUUUGGGACUUGCUGUUUCCAGAUGCUUCAUAAAAGUAAAGGAAGAACAAAAACCAGUCCAAACCAGUCCACACUAUGGAUUUCAAAGACGCCUAGGAAGGACAGUAGCAUGGAGGUAUAAUGAUUUACUGACUGAAAACAAGGCAAAAAUAACAUUUUGCAAUGAGGCUGUAUUAUAAUGUCGUCAAAGAACAUUAGCUUGGAAUGGCUUGAAAAUGCAAAGGAUCUACAAGAAUGAACUGUAAGCUCCCCCUUGAGGCAAAUGUUCAGAUCAUUUUUAUAUAAUGUUUGUUAAUUCAGUAACAAAAUAUGCCAUGCUGAAUAAAGGGUAUGUGUUUAUUUUGCUAAGAGAUGUAAGUUAGCUAGUUGUGAGCAAUGAAACGAACAGAGCAUUUGAAGUUUUUAUGGGGAAAUAUCCACAAUGUAUGUCAGUUUUAAGACUGUUUGUAGUUAAACAAACUUCCUCUGUUUCUUUUAGUCUCUCAUGCCUUGUAUUGUAGUCAAUGUACAGUAAAUGGAACUGACAAUUUUACAGUGUAACAAUUAUUUAUCUUUGCAUAAAAGUUUGAUACAAAACAUUUGUUUAGUAUUUAUUUGCACACUUAACACAGUUUUUGAACCUGGGGAACAAAUAUUAUUUUAUUAAAUAUUAACAUGGUUGCUGAGAGAAACAGCCACCAUGUUGUGACAUCAACCUGAUGUGGCAAAAUUCAAGGAUUCAUCAAAGUCCUUUGCUGUAUAGAAUGAAUUAAUUUUACCAGGGAAUGACUAUAAAUUUUUGUCAUAUUGGCCCAAGGUCAACAUAAAUAACCUGGAAAGUGAUACCUCAUUAAUGCUGGGUCCUUUAAAGGCAGCUAUUACUUGUUACUUGAGUAAAAUAUUUUUCUGAUGGAAAAAAAAAUCACGGUGGGCAAGAGUUUAAGACUAAAAUUGCUGUUUCAGUAAGUCUACAUAAAAAAGAUAUUAAAGGUCAUUUAAAUAUAGCUAAUAGUUUCUUAGGAAUAAUAUAAUGUUGGAACAAAGAGAAGACAAAGGCUUUUUCUUGGAAGUGUCACUCAUAAAUUGAUUCCAACAUUAAUAAGACUAUUAUCUAGAAAUGCAUUAAUUAUAUUAAUUGAUGGAUAGAUUUAGAGGUAACUGUGAUGCAUUUAAAGCUGUCUCUUAGAGUUAUGAUUAACAUCAUUACUGUCCAUUCUCUUUGAUUCCCUAAGAGCUUUCUGUGCCUUAAGAAUGGUUGUUCCAGUCAUUAGGAGCAGUUCAGGGUGGUGGCAGCAGCACUCUGGUCAAUUUUACUGCCAUUGCAGCAAGAGUUCAAGAGGCUGAGUUCAACCUUGCUGGCUUUAACACAGAUUCAUGACUACCACUGGAUGGAUGUUGGGGAAAGGCUGAGCAAAGCAGAACUGGGUUGCCUGCACUGUGCUGGCUGAUGUUGACCACGUCACUUCAGAGACAGAUGUGUCUCAGUUUUUCUGAGUGCAGAAUAAAUAUUUGGAAGUUCAGUGCCAUUAAUAAAAAUUGUGCAAUUAGUUGCUAAAGCACUUUUGGAAGUAUCUUAAAGCUGCUGUUAUGCAGUGGUUUUGCUUCCUUUAAAAAAAAACAAAAACUCCUCCAGUAGCUCGGAUUAAAUAUUGUUAUUCAUACUUAAAAUAUUCACAAGGUUUUCUAGUCAGUAAAAAUUUCUUUCUUUGCUCAAUCCCCAAGUUCAGUUUCCUUUGCAUUGAGAAAAUACUAUGAUCCUACACGAUCACCAAGACCAGAAUUGUUUUACUACUGAUGCAAAUAUUGAUUAAUUCAGCUGAGGGAAGAGAGGUCUCUUUCUUGAGUUGUGGUAAAAAGACCUUUUUAUGGUCUUGAAGGAUUAACACUCUUUAAUUCAAGGAUUAACUAUUUCUUCAUACUUCCAAAGGACAUGUAAAGUUGUCACUAUCAAUAUCAUGGUUAGUGGCAGCAGAAGUAGUUUUGAAGCAGCAAUUAGGAGAAUGAAAAUACCUUCAGGAUUGUCUUUUACAGAGUGAAAGUGAUGGCUGGGCAGGCUUUGGCACAAACUGUCUCAAACUCUGAGUAAAGGCAGAUGGGAAGUGGCAUUCAGUACUUCUGUUGUAAUGUGCUCACAUGUUAUGUAGAAACAAGAAAUAUUGACUGUUGGGACAAAAUAUUUCCAUAUUUGUCACCAUAUCCAUCCUCUGUUUCAAAGCAUCUUGGAACUGACUCAAUUGCAAAUAAUCUGUUCUGCCCAAGUGUUUUAACAUAGCAUUGACUGUUUUCUCCACAGGUUAAUUCUCAGUCAGCUGAGGCCAUGGAUGUUGACCAAAGGCUAGAAUGUGAUUGACUAAGGUUAUGUUAGUUUUGUCUAGACAUAAUUAGUUGAAAUAAAAUGGCUUUUUAAAUUAAAGUAGCUUAUAUGAUAUAUCUUUUUAUGCCAGGGUUUAUAAUAGAAUUUUUUCAGUCUGAUGAGGCGGUUUAUCAAUGUAUAUCUCAAAAUACAUUUAUGCUCUGCAUUUUGGGAAGCAAGAAACUGCACACAAAUAAAAAUAUCUUACUGUAUUCCUGGGAAGCACAUUUUCUAGUGACUGGAUCUGCUCUCAGUUGGCUUUUGUAUUUCAUUAACAGACCAAAACAAAUGUACAAUAGUGAUGCAUGGUAAAUAAUGCAAAAAUCAGGUCAUAUUUUACUUAAGCAUUUUAAUGUAAUUGCUUCAUCCAAAUCAAUUUAUACUGAUAGCAAAAUGCUCUACUUUCCAGAGUAAUAGGAGAAAAAAUGGUUCACAAGACAAAAUUUGCAACUUUAAUAUUUUAAUGUUAAAAAACUGUGUCUUUCAUAUGAGAGUCUGUGUCUAAAACACCUUCUUACCUUCUCUCUGUCAUAAUUACAUUUAUCUGUGUUCUUUGUGAUCACAGAUGUCUUGAUAAAACUACAGAUUUUGGUCUGGACCUAGUUCUCUAAUGCUUAAAAAGACCUGAAAGCUGUUAGGGACUUUUUUUUUUUUAAUCAGAAUUCCAACUUCUGCAAGCAUUUUAUGCCUGCAUUUAGGGUUGCAAGAACCAAAUCCAGGAGCUUACAGCCAUGAUACACCUCUCUGUAUAUGUGUAAAUACACUUAUACAGCAAGUGAGAAUGCAUUUUGUAGUUUGGUACUGUGGAAUGAUAAAUACAAUAAAGUCCUACACCGGUCUGAAAACAGGAAUAAAAAAGUGCAUCCUAUUAUGCUAAGAAUUUAAGGCAUAGAAUUUAAGGCAUUUGAACAAGUAAGUAAUUAUAUUUUAAUAGAAACUUAUUUAUAAAAGAGCUCAAGAAGAUAAACCCCUUAUUUUGGUUUUCAUAUUCUUUCCCCUAUAGAAUGCUGUACUGGGAUGCCCUGCUGGGUUUUUUUUACAAAGCACAAAAUAUGUAUUAAAAAUCACCAGUACAGAAAAAGUAUGUAAUAUAGGAACACUAUUAUUCAUGAGGGAAAGCUGAUACUCAUUGUUGUCAAAUCUUUUUAAACAUCACUUUUUCUGAGAAGACGUUGCUGUAUUUUGAGUCUGUGGUUGGGUGUGGACAAACAUACUUCUCUAUAAUUGUUU